AUAAUUACAUAAUAAUAAUUUUUUUGACAUAAUAAAAUUUUGUAACAUAAUAAUGUAUAACAAGACUAAAAUACUAAUUCAUAUCAUAUAUUUUUAUCAACUGAAAAAUAAUCCGCGCUUUUAAGCGCGGGUCAAAAUCUAGUAUAAUGUUAAAUAUCUUUUGCAAAAUGCAAUGAGCUACUACACUUUGACACGCGAGUUUUGAUGUCCCUACUUCCUUGGACUGUCCAAAAAACAAAUCAAUCCCAACUAUAAACCAUAUCCAGUUGACUUUGUUUGUGAAUUUAAUAUAUGAGGUUGGAUCAGAAGCAAAAUCAAACUGACAUUAGUAUUCUUUACCGCCUACCGUAUAAAAUUGAUAAUGCAGUUCUUCAAUCCUACUAUUGUUGCUUGUUGGCAGUACGAAAUUGCGAAGCUAAAUGUGAUAGCUUGAAAUGAUAGCGUGUGCAAAGUAAUAUAUUACCAUAUACAAAGUGAAAUUCACAAUAAUCGAAAACUAAAAUAGACAAACUAAACGUGGCAGUUAACUUUAAUACAUGAGUUCUCGAGAUUUGCUGUGAAUUUUGACAAUUGUUAUAAUCAGACAUCUUAAUUCAUAUAAUGUAAAGUCAACUCUUGUGUAACAAAGAGGAAAACAAUCUAUAUAAAAAAAAAAGAUUUCAAAUGUAGCAUUGCUUAUUGGGCCAUAUUCACCGGCUCAUUAAAUAGAGCCCAUUAACAACGCCUUAAGUAAAUAGAUUAAUUUUUUUUUGAAUACGCCCUAAUUUUCUCAAAACCGGAGACAGACACACACAAUGAAUCUUCUUCCGUCGUCGACUUCGGUGACGCCAGCUUCGGAUUCGGACACGUCAGCGGAAAAAUCCCCGGAGAUAUGCGAAGGCUGCGGCAGCCGAGACUCCUGGAUCACACACUCGGCUCGUUUCCGUUGCAUCAUCCACUUCUACUGCACGCACUGCCUCCUGCGCAAACACCCGACGUCGUUUUGCCCCUCCUGCUUCGCCUUCUACGAUUCCUCCCCGCCGCACCACUCUCGCCGCGUCUCCUGCUCCGACUGCGGCUCCUACACGCACAUCCACUGCGCCGCCGACGACGCAAACUCAAACUCCACUCCUUACCGAUGUCCUCCUUGCCGUGACCCCGACUCCUUCUCCUUCUUCCGCCCUAUCGUCGACGCCAACGGCGUCCGCUGCGUCGAUAAAUCCCUCUCGGCAGCGUUCUUAUGCGCCGCGAAGAUCUCCGCCUCUUCCAUGAACAAGGCCGUCAGCUUGGCUAAAUGCGAAGCCGAGCGGAAGGGUAAAGACGCUGCCGUGGCGAGGAAGAGAGCGCGCGAGGCUCUGGAUGACGUCAUCAAGCUCGACGAGAAGGCGAAGUCGGACGUUGAGCUCUCCGCGAAUCGAGAUCAGAAACCAAGUCUGAGUCCUGCAUCCACCAAUUCAUAUCAACUCAAGAAACCGAAGGCAGAUCACCUUUCAGUUAAGCAAGAACAUUAAUGUUUUGUCUUGACAACAGACAAGUAUGAUAACUUGAAGCAGUUCGUGACUUCGUGUUCUCCGUGAAAGAAGCUUCAAGCUAGGAUUCGAGUUUGGUGUUAGAUUAUGCAAGUGAUCUCUUUUAUUUUAGGGGUUGUUUAGUGACUUUGUGUAGAAGUAGUUUUUGGAACUAAACAAUGCUUCAAGUUAUUCAUAUGAAUAUUUUAAGAUCUAUUUCCUCUAUUUUAUAAUAUAAGGUUUUAGAAUA